GAAGAGACCCAGAAAGCAACCAAAAAUCCUAAAAGACCACAAACACCUCAACCAAAAGGCCAACAUGACUGGUUCUCCUUGUGGAGCCUGCAAAUUCUUGAGAAGGAAGUGUGUGAGAGGCUGUGUUUUUGCUCCUUACUUUUGCCAUGAACAGGGUGCCACCCAUUUUGCAGCCAUUCAUAAGGUCUUUGGCGCAAGCAAUGUCUCAAAGCUCCUUGCUCACCUUCCUGUCAGUGACCGUUGUGAAGCUGCUGUCACCAUCUCUUAUGAAGCUCAAGCUAGACUUCAAGAUCCAAUUUAUGGCUGUGUUGCUCAUAUUUUUGCACUCCAACAACAGGUGGUGAAUUUACAAGCACAAGUAGCUCAUCUCAGGGAACAGGCAGGUCAGAUCUAUCUCAAUGCCUCUGCCACUGAAAACCCUAAUGAGAAAUACUUUGGAAAAUCUACCAAUUUUCCCCAGUAUCUUCAGAGUUGGUUCCAGACGGACAAUUCCAACUCGGCUUCACAAUUUCUUCCUAAAUUGUCCACUGAUACUUCAACACAGUACUAUGGAAAUACUAAUACCUUCAUUGACCCAAACCCUAUAGGAAAUGAUGACAAUUCCGUAACAGUAGAGGAAAGCAUCUCCUUUUCUAGCUUUGAAGAGAGUUGUAACUCCAUGGCCUGUGACAUGCAAAGGCAGUGGACCUUUUAUCAAGUGGAUAACCUUCAGUAAGAGUGAGUUUUGGUGAUUAUGAAAUUUACUUCAUGAAAGAUCAGAGUCGUCUGCAUGAAAGAAUUGGUGAAGUCAACUUUAUCAAUUUUGAAUUUGUUGCACAUGUGUGACGAAGCAUGCACUUUAUUACCUGAGGAAGCCUAGAAUGUGAUAUAUAAUUGUAUGGGAAUCCACAUUAUAGUAUUGUUUUGUUUAGCUUAGUGAAAUAUUGGUAUUUAUUAGAAUAAUAAUAAAAUCUUAAUGAUAAACUUUGGUUUUUGUAUAUGAACUAAAUUAUGUU